AUGAAGGGGGCUCGUGUUCUCGUGCUUCUCUGGGCUGCCUUGCUCUUGAUCUCGGGUGGAAAUUGUGAAAUUUGCUCAGCCGUGAAGAGGGAUGUUGACCUAUUCCUGACGGGAACCCCCGACGAAUAUGUUGAGCAAGUGGCACAAUACAAUGCAUCACCUGUAGUGGCAAAUGCCAGAAAACUGAAGAACUGCGUUGAUGCAAAAAUGACAGAAGAGGAUAAGGAGAAUGCUCUCAGCGUGCUGGACAAAAUAUACACAAGUCCUGGGUGUUAA